AUGGUUAAAUUUGUUUCCUUGACUGAAACUAUUCACGGUCUUUGUAAAAGGAAGGUGUAUGAUGAUGAAUCUUUUUCCAUCAUGUCUCUGUUAAGAAAGAAGCUGCAAGAACAUUCACGAUUAUCCCUUCAAAAGGAGUCAGAGUCGACCUCUGUAACAUCUUCUUCUUCUUUUUCUUCUUCUAACAAUGCAGCAACUGAUCCUUUGCUGCUCUCAUUUGUCUAUAAUCCACCUCAAACUCAUUCUUCUGCUGAAACAAGUUCAUCAAAGAUGCUCUCAAAGGAUGACACAUUAGAUAGUGACAUCAUCCCAGCAAGCAAAGACCAUGAAGAAAAGGCUCAGAAAUCUGACUUCAUACAGACGAUAUUAUUAUCCACCAUUUUCCCUGACAAUUUGUAACAAAACAAUCCAGAUGUUGUCUAUCUGUUGACAUAAGUGCUUCUGAACACAGAAACAGAAGCAGAUUUAAGAUGUAGGGACUGGAUUUAAUUUUAUGUUCUGUUCCACUUCCACACGAUGUAACCAGAAAAGCAGUUAGCUCAUAUUUUGGCAGAGUAGUAGUUGUAUUAAUUUAACAGAAACUCUAAAGUCUCAACUUCAGCAAUCACACAUCACAUUUCUUCCAAC